AUGAAAUUAUUCCUAUUUUCCACCAUUGCGUGCGUUGUGUCGAUUGUGCAUGCAGGUAUCUUGCCAAACAUAGAUUCCCCGACACACAAAGUAUCAGACUAUGUCUACCCAAUCCCGAAAAAGACAACCACUGGUACAGACAUUUCUCUAGUUCAAGCCAAGAGUAGAGAGAAUGUCGUCAAGAGUAGAAUCAAGCGAGUAUGCAAUGUGAUGAUACUCCUGAAACCAGAAAUUUUAACCGAUUUGCUCAGCCAACUAAUACAAAUAUCUGGACUCGUCAAUUCAAAAGAAUCACUGAUUAACAAACUUGAAGUCAUUGGUGAGCAAUGGGAGGAGUCCACGACUGGAAAACGAUCACCUAACUCACAUAAAAGGCAUAUGCUGUAUAUGAAAGGUGUUCGUAAUCAAAUGGAAAUCGAUUUGUUUAACGUAAGACUGUCAUUGAACACUGCAAGCUCUAAACUAAAAACAUCCAUGCUUGAGUAUCUCGGUCCCAAGGGCAGUCGAAGCUAUGACCAUGUUAUGCAAAAUCGAGUUGAAGUUCUCGAGUGCAUCAACAAGGCUUUCAAAGCCAAACCAUUUAUAAAAUUAAGCCAAUAA